CGAUGGUAAAAAAUCGCAUAAUUGUUUUCUCUGAAGUACAAGGCGAAGAGAAAGGUGACUGCGCUCGAUAUUAGCAUUGAACUUGUAUCAUAUGCACUAUUGUUAAAUAAGUUAUCUAAGCAAGGUGCCUAUUGCCUCCGUAAUCACUUCCUUGUCGGUGCGACUCGUUACUGCAAGUGCUGAUUUUUACUGAUUCCACAUAGUGAAAAUGUUUUCGGACUCCUUGCUCGUCAGACAUAUAUUUAACGCAAAGCAAGACAGCGUCCGCAAGAAUCUCCUAAUAAUAUGUUGUGUGGCAAUUUGCUUUUGGUACCUACAAACACUAUGGAAGAAAAGGAAACUCUACUGGUACUCAUGGAAUGUUCCAGGACCACUCGCGUUGCCAGUGAUAGGAAGUGCCUAUAUGUUCUUAACAUUACCAGUAACAGAUGCUCUACAAGUAGUUCAUAAUAUAACGAAAAGGUAUCCAAAAAUCGCCAAAAUAUGGUUUGGUUCGAACUUAUUAUAUGGAGUGUAUGAUCCGGUAUACAUAGAGAAAAUCUUGAAAAGCCCGAAUGCUGCUGCGAAGGAUGGGCUUUUCUACUUAGCUUUCAAGGACAUCUUCAGGGAAAGUCUUAUCACUGCCGAAGUACACACGUGGAGAAAACAUAGGAAACUAAUAGCACCUUCAUUCAAUCAGAAGAUACUAGAUAGUUUCGUCGAAAUAUUCGUAGAGCAAAGUGAAGUGUUUGCCGACCAGCUCAAAAAACGUAUUGGUCAGAAAGAUAUAGAAAUCUACCUCCUAGCAACCAGGUGUACUUUGGACAUUAUAUGCCAAACUGCUAUGGGAGUCGAUAUGCAUAUACAAACGACUAACGGAGACCUUGGUCUUGUUUUAGAGAAGAUAUUUGAUUUAGCAAUGAUUCGCACACUAAAGAUAUGGUAUAAAAUUGGGUUUAUUUGGAAAAUGUCGUCUCCAGGAAAACAGUUUAAACAAAAUCUUGUUAAGUUGUUCAGCAUUACCGGUAGUGUAAGUGAUGACGAUGAUUUUUUAACCCAUUGAAGCAGAAUGCCUAACAAAGUCGUGAAAAGAAAGAUGCAGGAAUAUGAAAAGAGGAAUAAUUGCGAAUAUUUAAUGGCUGAAAUUGAGGAGGAACCCGUUGUGAAAAGGUUAGCCUUCUUGGACUUAGUUCUAGAGAACUCUAAUUUUACAGAAGAGGAGCUCAAGGCAGAGGUGGACCUGUUUUUGUUAGCAGGUAUGGAGACUACUGCUAGUGCACUGACAUUUGUAUUCGCGGUAUUAGGAAUUCACCAGGAUGUACAACAAAGAGUCUACGAAGAAAUCAUGGACGCAAUUGGACCAAGCAGAGCUGUACAAGCAACAGACCUUCGGAAACUCAAUUAUACAGAGAGAGUUAUAAAAGAAACACUGAGAGUGUUUCCUAUUGCAGUCUGGUUCAGCAGAGAAGUCACUGAGGACCUUGAUCUCGGAAAUGUUGUUAUCCCAAAAGGAGCGUAUGUAGGCUUCCCGACAACCACUCUGCAUUAUAGUGAGGCGCAUUGGCCAAAUCCAACCAAGUUUGAUCCGGACAGAUUUCUGCCGGAAGUUGCUGCAAAGAGGCACCCUUUUGCCUACAUACCUUUUUCAGCAGGACCAAGAAACUGCAUAGG